CUUCGGCUCGGCGGCCCAGGCCAGCCCCAGGACUCGCGGCGCCCGCCAGGAUGAGUGGCUCCUUCGAUCGCAAGCUCAGCAGCAUCCUCACCGACAUCUCCAGCUCGCUAAGCUGCCAUGCAGGCUCCAAGGACUCGCCCACCCUGCCCGAGUCCUCUGUCACUGAUCUGGGCUACUACAGCGCUCCCCAGCACGACUACUACUCGGGCCAGCCCUACGGCCAGACCGUGAACCCCUACACCUACCACCACCAGUUCAAUCUCAACGGGCUUGCGGGCACGGGCGCUUACUCGCCCAAGUCGGAAUAUACUUAUGGAGCCUCCUACCGGCAAUACGGGGCGUACCGGGAGCAGCCACUGCCCGCCCAGGAUCCAGUGUCCGUGAAGGAGGAGCCGGAAGCCGAGGUGCGCAUGGUGAACGGGAAGCCCAAGAAGGUCCGCAAGCCCCGCACCAUCUACUCCAGCUACCAGCUGGCCGCCCUGCAGCGCCGCUUCCAGAAGGCCCAGUAUCUGGCGCUGCCCGAACGCGCGGAGCUGGCCGCGCAGCUGGGCCUCACGCAGACACAGGUGAAGAUUUGGUUCCAGAACCGCCGCUCCAAAUUCAAGAAGCUGUAUAAGAACGGGGAGGUGCCCCUGGAGCAUAGCCCCAACAAUAGUGAUUCCAUGGCCUGCAACUCACCCCCGUCACCUGCCCUCUGGGACACCUCCUCCCACUCCACUCCAGCCCCUGCCCGAAGCCAGCUGCCCCCGCCGCUCCCCUACAGUGCCUCCCCAAGCUAUCUGGACGACCCCACCAACUCCUGGUACCACGCACAGAACCUGAGUGGACCCCACUUACAGCAGCAGCCGUCUCAGCCGGCCGCCCUGCAUCACGCCUCCCCCGGGCCCCCGCCCAACCCUGGGGCUGUGUACUGAGCACCCCACCUGACCUGAACCUCCCACGAAGGACCCGGGACCAGGCAGAAGGCGCCUCUGUCCUAGCCGACACUCAGGAAUCAUCGAGGAGCACAGGGGAAAGGGCACCCCUUUCCCCCUUCCCUUGCCCCUUCCUCCAGAGAUCCAAGAGCUUCCAGAUGAAAUUUGCAUGGACCAAGGAUGUCCCCUGAACCUCCCUCCCCCUUGCCU